AAGAGAGAGAAAAAAGAGGGAGUGCGUGUGUGAGAAGGAGACAGAAAUUACACACACAGUUAUUUUCUAUUUCUCGUUAGACUUCGCUCGCUCCAAUGAAGCCGAUCAUGUUUUGUUAUCCCUUGUAUUUCCAGUUGCCGUUAUGUUCCAGUGGUUACUUUAGAUGUCUAAAGCACGUUUCGAAGGAGGGGCAAGUGCUUGAAUUUCCAUCUACAUACAGCUUGGACCACGCAGGAAUGCAGGAUUUGACGUUCAAGCUUUUGAAUUGAAUUUGCCGACAGAGCGUGUACACGGGAGUAGGUUUUCUACUGAUUUUUUUAAAAUAAUCUUUACUAGGCACGUUCAGUAAAAGAGUGUUGAAAGAAAUGGCUUAUUGGGAAAAACAAGGCUAACCUCCAAGACUUUCUUUUGGGAUUGCUGUCCGUGGUCCUGAACUGAACUUCAGUACAACAGAACAACCACGCAUUACAGUGGACUACUUGCUAAGACAGAAGUCAGACAUCAGUAGAGUAGCGCAAAAUGUGCAACUUUCGCUGUUGUUUAAUCACUUUCUGGGGUAUUUAUUUCUGGGAAACAACAAGGCUGUUCAGCUUGGUAGAGUCAAAGGAGCCUGACAGUUCUCGAAUCCGUAGUAGCCCAAUGUCACCAUCUGACUUUUUGGACAAACUAAUGGGAAAAACAUCAGGAUAUGAUGCAAGAAUCAGACCAAACUUCAAAGGUCCUCCAGUUAAUGUGACAUGCAACAUAUUUAUUAACAGCUUUGGCUCAAUCGCUGAAACCACCAUGGAUUACAGAGUAAAUAUUUUCCUCCGUCAGCAGUGGAACGAUCCACGCCUUGCAUAUAGUGAAUAUCCAGAUGAAUCGUUGGAUCUUGAUCCUUCUAUGUUAGAUGCCAUCUGGAAACCUGACUUGUUCUUUGCUAAUGAGAAAGGAGCAAACUUCCAUGAAGUUACCACAGACAACAAGCUGUUAAGAAUUUUCAAAAAUGGAAAUGUUCUUUAUUCAAUAAGGUUAACCUUAAUCCUGUCUUGUCCAAUGGAUCUAAAGAAUUUCCCAAUGGAUGUGCAAACGUGCAUAAUGCAACUCGAAAGCUUUGGCUAUACAAUGAAUGAUCUCAUCUUUGAGUGGCAAGAAAAGGGACCUGUGCAGGUGGCAGAAGGUUUAACUCUGCCUCAGUUUGUUUUAAAGGAGGAGAAGGAUUUACGCUAUUGCACAAAACACUAUAACACAGGAAUGUUCACCUGCAUUGAAGUGAGGUUUCAUCUUGAGAGACAAAUGGGCUACUAUCUCAUUCAGAUGUAUAUUCCUAGUCUCCUGAUUGUCAUUUUAUCAUGGGUCUCAUUUUGGAUAAACAUGGAUGCAGCACCUGCUCGAGUGGCUUUAGGCAUUACUACUGUGCUGACCAUGACCACUCAAAGUUCAGGAUCCAGGGCAUCCCUACCAAAGGUUUCAUAUGUUAAAGCCAUUGAUAUAUGGAUGGCAGUUUGCUUGCUGUUUGUAUUCUCUGCCUUGCUGGAGUAUGCUGCAGUCAAUUUUGUGUCCAGACAGCACAAAGAACUUCUGAGAUUCCACCGCAAGCGAAAGAAGAGUAAGGAUGAUGAUGAUGUGCAAGAAAAUCGGCUUAGCUUUUCUGCCUACGGAAUGGGCCCAUGUCUUCAAGCAAAAGAUUCUAUCUCAAUGAAGGGAUUUAAUAACCCACCCUCUCUUGUCCCCAAAUCUUUGGAGGAAAUGAAAAAAAUAUUUAUUGACAGGGCUAAGAAGAUUGACACCAUAUCACGGGCUGCCUUUCCCUUAGCAUUCUUAAUCUUCAAUAUUUUUUAUUGGGUUAUAUACAAAAUAUUGAGACAUGAAGAUAUUCAUCAACAGCAGGACUAAACAUGCAUCUGUGUUGUUAUUACCAUUAAGUUCAAAGGCAGCUGGGUAUAGGAGUAUAUGUUACUAAUUUUAUAAUGUGUCAUUCUGAAGGAUAAUUGGCUGGCUAUGCAAAGAGGAAUAGAUAAUAGCUGGAAUAUAGCAGAAAUGCAACACAUGAUUUUUCACCUUCACACAAUUCAGCUAUCAUCCUGAGUGCCAUAGUAGAUUCAAGAAAUGUACUAUAUGUCUUAAAGCUUCACUGCCAACAUGUUUUGUAUACUGACGUUUAGUAAACAACAUAGUUUCUUUCUGAGUAAUAUGUUUUGUUGUGGGGGCUAUAUUUUUAUGAAAUAGUUGAUAAGAUAUUAUAAUCUAACUUUUGGAAAUUUCAGAGGAACUGUGAAAAAUGUUAUAUAUGUUUCUGCUACUUAAUUAUUCUGUAUUUUCUGCUAAUAACUUAUCUUAGUGUUUAUCAAGGCCAAUGUACAUGAAAAGGAUAUGCAUAAAACUGAUUAUUAUUUUUAUCUAUACAUAGCAUUUUGUACAAACAAUGGUUUUAUAUAUUUGUGCUACUUAAUAGCUACUUUCUCAUCUACAGUUUUAUUGGAAAUGAGGCUUUUUGACCUGUGUUAAAUAUGUUGUAUUGUGUGUAGUCUGAACUGUAUUUAUUAAGUGGGUAUUUAUCAACCCUGCUCAAUUAUUGUACAAAAGAUCAGCAUGUCACAAUUAAAAUACUACCUCUGACUAAA